AUGACUGCCUCCUCGAUUUCAAAACCAUUUAUUGAAAAGCCCACUGGCGAAACGUUCCUGACAGCACUAGCUAAAUGUUCUGGGGAUGUUGAAGCUGAAGAUACUGGAAAACUUUUGGGCGAAGAGAUCGCAGAUACCACGAUCAGAGAACUGCUGGACAAAACGGAAAUGGAAGAUCAGGAGCAGAACUUCCCCUUCACAAGUCGACCGGUGCAAGCCAAACGUAUCUCGAGCCGUUCAACGCAGGGCGGCUCCCUGCAGGAUCUCCCCGAGGCCGGUCGGCACGACUACUUCUACUCGGAUCUCUCGUUCGACUACUACGCCAAUCUAGGCGGUUUGGGGGUUCAAACUUCCCGGCGGCAUCACGGUAGCAGCUCCGGUGCCAGCGUUGGACCCGGGGGAGGUGAUCGUUCGACGAAUCCUCGCCAGAAGCAACGCUACACCAGCUCGGUUUCUUCGAGGCAACGCGAGGGUGGCAGCCUGCCGAGCAAUGUCAACGUGGAAUGUCCGUUUUUCAACGAUGUAGGUCAUCACCAUGCCACCGGAACGAUUACCAAAAUCAAAAAACGGGACGGUUCCAAGAGUGAGUACGGCACCAUGUUGCUGACUGCUCCAUUGACCAAUGCCGGUGCCGAAGAAAUAAUCAGCGCAGUGGCGGAAGUGGCCGGUAACGCCGGGUUCUGUGGGGGUAUGAAAAAUACCGAAUCUCAGCUAAUCGAUGUCGGUGGCAGCGGCGUUAGCCACACAGUUAUAGAUAUGGGAGAGCUAGAAUCUGAUGAAACUCAGCAUUUACUGGCCCAUGAUGUCCUGCAGCAGAACUUGUACGAAUCCAGCCUAGACGAGUUAGAGGGCGGUCCUGGGGAUUUGUAUGGAAGUAGUACGGUUGGAACUGGCAGCAGUUCAACUGGCGGAAGCGGAUGUACCUCGAUCAAGAAAAUCCCACGGUACCCUCCUAAUGUCACUACUAUUUGUACCUAUCCGAAAAUGGGCGACCCGCCGUCCCCGGUUCGGCCAACAUCGGUGCACCACGUGGACAAAACCGUCUCGCUGCCGAUGCUCGAGAGCAACAAGGAUAUUACACCGAUCCAGCUUGGAUCGAACUAUCAGUCGGUUAAGUGUUUUAUGUCCAACGAUACCGUCAAAAGUGAGCAAAUGAGACAUGUGAUGAUGGGUACGAUCAGUACCAACAACUCCAAGUUCAUCACCACCACACAAAGCUUUAAUCCGAUAAUCACACAGCAGAAGGCUUUGGAUGAAAAUGGGAACUCGGUCCAGCAGUUCAAUAGUGGCCUUGCAUCUUCAUCGGGUGGACUCGGAUCUGGCAGUGGUCUAGGAGUUGCCGGCGGCAGUUCUUCGCUUAGUGGAAGUGUUUUAACUGGAGGAAAGAAAAAGCGGAAACCUUUGUCGGACCGGAACACUAGGGUAGUGAUACCGGAAAACAUUGCUGGUUACCGUGGAGGAGAAGACGUUUCUGCCCUGGUAGAUUUCAUUGAAAACAAGGAUAAACAAUCGAACAAAGAAGGCAAGAGCGGCGGAGGUGGAGGAUCCAAUCCGAAAAACGAUACACUAGUGAAAUCCGGAGGUGAUAAUGCAGUAACUGCAGUAGAAAAUGGAGUUCCCGAAGAAAAGGGAACAAAGAAAAAAAGCGACAAGAAGAAGGAAAAGGCCAAACUGAAAAAGAGUAAUUCUUUGGAAGAGCUCAGUAGCAACAGCAAGAAAAAACAGCAAGCAGAAGACGAACAGAAUACUCAAGAAAAUCCUGUAGCGAAACAGAACGGUCCAACAGCCAAGGAUACAGAAUCGGUGGUAUCGCUGAGAAGUGGGGGCAAAGCGAGCAAAAAGGCUCAAAAUAGCAGCAAUCUGAUGUCCAUGACGUCAACAGCUUCAUUGUCCACGAGUUCGGCGCAAUCCACAAAAGAGGCUGCAGCAAUCAACGUUGGCAAACGUAAUGAACGGAGAUCUUGGGGAACGGAAGAGCUCAGUUAUUUAGAGGAUACUCAAAGUUUAGCUACCGUCGCUGCCAGUGCAGCCUCAGAAAAGGCUGAAGAAAAACUUCCUAAAAGGGACAGCAAAAAAGAUUCGAAAGAUAGUCCGGCGCUGAUUCCAUUCAAUCUCAAUAAAAAACGAGACUCGAUGUCUGUGGAAUCGUUAUCGGCACUGAGUGCUGGUGGUUCUGCAGAAACAGCCGAGUUUCACGUCGUCACAAAGAAGAAAAAGACGAAAAAGAAAUCACCCGGUCUGUUUUCGGAGGAAAAUACCUCUGCCGUGAGUUCUGGUAAUACAACCAAUCGUAGGCAUUUGACAUCUAGUCAAAGUUACACUCUAGGGGGAACGUCCAGUUCGAGAAGCACCCAUAGAUAUCAAGCCAGUAAUACUUUUACCAAUGAUCGUGACGUUUACAUGACUAAUCUGAACAGCAGUAAUGAUGUUUCUCGAAGGAAAUCUACAUCAUCUGUACCACCCUCGGAAAAGUCCGAUUCAAGUGAUGCAGAUUCGGUCCAAUCGUUACCGAUUGAACCGUCCCGAAAGCAACAGCAACAACAUCAGUCAUCACAACACCACCAUCAGCAAUCUAGUGGUCAGUCUAGCAGAGGUUCUUCCGGAGUACCUCAGUCGUAUGCGGACAUUGCACGAAUACCAAAUGCCGACAAAAUCAAUAACAAUCUUGGAGCAACACUGAGUACAUCGCCGCUCGAUAGCUCUAGUGUUGAAAAAUGGCCCCCGGUACAGGCCACCACCAGUGAGGAUCUAGCUCAAGCACUCAAAUCACCUUCCGCUUUCCCGGAACUAGUCCCAGACUCAUCGUUGUCUUCACAGCAACAUCAGCAAUAUCAACAACAGCAUCAGUAUGUGAAUAGUAGUGUUAGUAGCGUUAGUAGUAAUAUAGUAGGUAACAGCAAUAAAGCGACUUACUCGCAAAGCUUGCUGAUAGCCGCCACCAAAGCACCGGAAGAAACCUCAACGAUGGCCGGAGGAAAAGUAGUUAGUAGCGUUAACAAUGAAAAUAAUGUAAAUAGUAGUAAUAGCAGUAGUAAUAACAGCAGUACGGCUACUAAUAACACCGGCAACGUCAGCUCCAAAUCAACGUUGUCCAAAUCGAAGAGUGUAGAUAACAACGACAUCUAUUACUCCAACGAACACUAUCCGGCACUUGAGAAGACUGUCAAACCGAGCAAAGCAUCAGCACUUCAAACGAUUCUUAACAGCAAUAGCCUUUCGGAAACAAAACCUGUAGCACCCGUUAGUAAGGUCACUCCAGCAGCUUCCGGUGCUUCAGCACAGUCGUUGGCUUCAACGGCAAACCCAGCUAGCAUAACUUCAACAGCUGCUGCGGCAAAUAACGCCAGUACGACCUCCAGUAUCAAUACCACCAACAAUUUGACCGGUGCCAAAAAAUCGAAAAAGAAGGAUUUCGUUAACACAUCCAACAGCACUGCCACAUCCGAAGUCGAAUUCAUCAAUAACGCCCGAAACGUAGCAGCGGUUCAAUCCACACUGGACGCUGUUAACAACAAUCCAGUGUUUAUAGAAAAUGUCGACAGUUCAGAUUAUUCGCAGAACAAUGGCUUAACCAAUCGGAGUCCGAACGGUGGCCUAAAUUUGCAGCAGCACCCUCAAAGCACUCCCAAAACAAGCACAAUGAGCUCCUCAACUGCAAAUGCCAAGCGAAACAAAAAGGAAAAGUCCAGUUCCUACAAUGCAGCCAUCAAUAAUGAUCAAACACAGGCUAACUUCGGCUCCGCAACAGCUCAAAAUUCUACCGCGUCCGGCAAUCAUCGUCCAGCUGUGAUCAUCAUGAACGACAACAACGAACCAAAUCCCAAACACGAGUUUACCUUCGGUUUCGAUAUCGAUCAGGAGCUGCUGUUCGGAGACUUCCAGGAAGAAGAUAUGAGCAUGCUAGAUCACCAAUCCCAGCAACAGUACCAGUUCCAUCAGAAGCAACCUCAACAACAACAACAACAGCCACUGCAUCACAGUAAUAGCACCGACAAUGUUCCUUCGCCAACGAGCAACACUUCCACCGAUCUCGGUUACAGCUCGAUGCAACAGUCAACCGCAUCGCCCUCUUCUUCCAACAAUAGCAGCACAUCGUCGCAAAUCCACCAGGCUCCACACCAUCACCAGCACCAACAGCAACAGCAGCAACACCAAAAUCCGCACCAGCAUCAUCAUCAGCAGCAGCAGCAGCAGCAGCACUAUCACCAUCAGCAUCAUCAGACUGAAUCGUUCGACAUGAUGAAUAACUCAUCUGACCCUGACACCUACCGGGACAGUAUCGAGCACAAGUUCCAUCAGCCCCCGCCAACAAUGGUUCUCGCGCCUGCUCCCUUCUACUCGCAACCACCGCCGCAACUUCCGCCUCAACAUAUGUUACCACACCAACAGCAGCAACAGCAACAGCCACAUCAACAACAGACUCGUCAUUCGCGGCCGCCAACCCAUGGUAAUACUGCCUACAAUCUGCCACCACCACCGGUUCAUCCUGGUCAUAUGCAGCAACAACCACCGGCUGUGAUUCCGGUAAUGGUUACCAAACAGGACAACUCCACUAACACUUCCCCGACGGGCGCGGUGAUGAAUGCUGCCUCACCUCCAGCUACAGCAACCAUUAUUACCGUGCCGCCACCGCCGCUUCCUCCAGUAGUUCCAGCAGCGGCCAUCCCCGUCGUUCCAGUUGUACCCCUGGUAAUGGCAGCAGCUCCCCCGUCGGCCACCGCUACGGUUGUACUUGUGCCAGCAGGUCCACCACCAACGGUUGCCCCACAAGCGAUGAUCGCUCAGCAACCACCACUAGCCAAUACAAGCAUUGUCGUUCCAGUGGCGGUCGGCAAUGUCAGCAAUAUUAACACUAGUCUCAACAACCAAAAUCCUACCACCACCGCAGCCGUCAGUCACAAUAGUAGCAGCAGUAGUGGUUGCAUCAGUAACAGCAGCAGUUCCAGCGUAAGCAGCAAACAAUCGUCAACAGCAGGAGUCUCGGUCGUUCAACAGCAGCAGCAGCAGCAAGAACCAAAACCCCAACGUCAGUUGGGCAACAAUAGCAACAGUACUACAGCAGCAGUAAACGUCGCGUCCACGACGACGGCAACAGGAGAACAGCCGCAAGCUCCUUUGCGCGAAAAGAUGAAGGAAAUCAACCUCCGGUUUAUUGCACCGGAACAGUUGCAAACCAAUCACAACCACGACAAGAUUGUGAACUUUGUCGGCAUGGCUUGGGAGGACAUCAUUUGCGGCACUGAUGCACAGUACUACAAUGACAGUGCUACAGGGCAGUAGGCAGCUGAUCGAACCACGGUCGAUUGGUACAACACUCUGAUCCCUUAGUUCCCGUUAAAGCAUUGCGAGCGGAAGAACAACGACAUGUGGCGCAAAGCAAAACGCUGCAGCGUGAAAUCUUUACGAUGGAUAAGCUACUACUAGAACACAGACCGCGGUUAAUGAUGACGACAGCCGUUUAUUUGCGACGAUAUAUGUGGAUGGAUGUGGUUGGUUGGUUGAAAGUAACAAACAAUACCAGCAGCAUGAACGGUGGUUUGAGUGGGUGGUCGUUGAUCAUUUGCUGUGAAGAUAAGAAAUGUCUCUGAUCCCAAGAUACGGCUGCGUUGCUUUGCAAAAAGCGCAACCGCGAAGGGCCGAAAGUGUAAGACUAAAAAAACAAAAACCGAGCAGCAACAAGAAUCUACGUCAUUGAUAGGGAAAUAGAAAGCAAAGCGAGUUAUUUAACCAGUCAAAAAAGAAACAAACCCAUGUAAAUUCGAAAUGAGAUGAUGCAAAAUCAAACUAUAAGUUAAUUUAAUGAUAAAAUAACGUAAUAGUUGCAGAGAAGAACAAUGCCAAGCAUUAGUGAAGAGAACAGAAGUGAACACGGAAACGUCUCAAAAUGCUGAAUGGAGAUACAACAAAUAACAAGAAUGAAACUGUUAUUUAGGGACAUAUACAUCGUGCCGUGCAUGUGUUGAUGAGGUUAUUUACUUUAAGAACUAAGUUAUGAAACAGCGGAGAAUUUAAGUUGAAAUAUCCGGAGUGUGGGUGUGUUCCACUAGCGAAUGUUUUUGCGAGCUCAGUUAGUUAAUUGAAACAAGCAACAACACAACUAACCAAACGCAGUCACAUUCAUACGCAUGGGUUUUCAUGUGUACACAAAUGCGGACGCAAACACGCGGCAAAGGUAGUAACUUCUUUAAGGAAAAUGGUACAGUUGACCGGGUUAACUUUACCUUUGUGCAUCGAGGAAGGAAGCAUAUUUCACAAAAAAAAAAUCCACACCAACCACACAAACACACUCACACACAAGAGUAGAUAGAAACAGAUUAAAAAAUAGCACUUACUCACGCAAACACUAAUUUAUAUCAAGUUAUAUUGUUUUUGUUUUUCAUGUAUUUUUUUUAAUUCCUGGCAACAUUUGAACAAACCCGGAACUGCCAGAGAGCGGCCCGGUCGUUGUGCGAUUAUUACCAGAGUAGCGUGUAGUAUUUAAGGGAAAAAUCAGAAGAAGAAAAACAGUACGGCUCUACUGUUGUAGCGAGUAUGGCGAACAACAGUUUGUUGCAACUCUGUGUUGUUAGGUGAAUGCGCCAAAACCCGUAUAAGGUACUUUUUCCCGUUUAGGUUCCAUUUAUUUGUUGUACAGAAAAGCGAAAGAGAGAAUAAGAGAUAGAGAGAGAUAUAGAUAGAGUGCGCGAAUGUUUGCAGGAUCAAAAAAUUGUUGAGAUUUCGAUUAAAUGGAGGCAAGCGAGUAAAGUGAAAGGUAGCUGCCCGCUUUAUUUAACUAUACAUACACACACACAUAUAUUAUAUUAUCUUUAAUAAUCUAUUGUUUAUUUUAUUUAAGAAUCUUUCAUUGAUUAUUUUUCACCGCCUUGAACGUUUUUGAAACGUUAGGAAAGAAAGAAAUUUAAAAAAAAACAGCCAUCAUCAUUUAAUGUCCUGGAAGCUAAACACUGAAAGGCAACUAAAAUGUGUCAAAUUGUGGUUAGGGGGAAGUACAGGCAGGGAUUUCGAGGAAGCAAAAGAAACCCCACAUAUACAAGAAUGAACGAAGUAGAGAAAGAAAACGUAGUUGUAUGUGGAAAGAAAGUAAAAAUAUUGUUUUGUGUUAAAGGAAAUAAUUAAAACGUCUACUACUUUUAGUCAGUGUGUUUGUGCAAGCAUUUGCGUAUGACUGAUGUGUAGGCCGAAGGAAAAAAACAAUGGAAGAAAAAUUCCAUAAACCUUAACUGAAUCUGGAGGCAGGCUUCAGUAAUUUGAAUGCUUUUUAAUUCUGUUUAGCGUUGGGUUUUGAAUAGAGAAUUCUAAAGAAAAACUAAACCAAUUGAAUUUUAAAGGGGCUUUAGCUAAAUCAGGCAAAAAUGAUUCAGAUUACUGAGUUCUACGUUCAGAGCCAAUGGGAACCAAAAGAGUGACAGAUGGAAAAAAUAUAAAAAAAAUAUAAAAACGAAAAAAAGUAAAUAAAAAAGUGUCCGAUAAACACCCAUUGUGAUUUUUAGUAACUAAUCAAACUAGGCAAACCGAAGCAAAUCGAAAAUAUUAAUAAAAAAAAAAAACAAAUUAGGAGAAACAAUCGAAACACUAUUCUCUCUCACAGCCAGUGUAGUGUAAGGUGGUGGACCAAAAUCACCGAGUGCUUGCUGCAAAAAAAUCUGGACGCGAGCAUAAGUUGAACGGGCGCAAAUCGACGUGUUUGGCAGUGUGCGCGUGUUUUUUUCUUGCAUGCGCACCGGGAAAAGAAAACAGGAAAACAAGAGAGAAGGAAAGAUCGAAGAAUAGGAAAAUGAAGAAAGAAAACAUAAAUAAAAAGAGGAAAUAAGGACUGCUGCAGCUUCGAAACUGUAUCAAAGUUACUGACUGUAUUUAAGAAUAUAUAUAUAAUAUAGAAAGAAGAAAUAAAUUAUAUUUAAAAAAAUGAGAAAAUAUAGAAUGCUUACAUAUUUAGAUUAACUAAAUAGCAAAAACAAAAAUGAGGAAAAAAAAGGAACACAGCGCUAGUGUGCGAAAACGUUAAGUUGCGCGUGUCUUUGCAGAUUACGUUAGCUAGAAAGAAGAACGGACACCGGGAAGUUAAACCGGCGAGUGUGUGCGUGCGUGCAAUCUGUAUCGUGUGGAGAUCGUGUUAUCGUAAUAGAAGAACCGAACCGAAAGAGCGAACAAUUUAGAUAGUUUCGGAAAAAAAUUGUAAAAGGCUAAAACCAAUCGAAGAAAACAAACAUAUUUAUACCAACAACUAGCAAACAAACAAUAACAAUGGAAACACACACACGCUACAGACUAUACAAAUAUGAGCAAACACUCGUACACACAUUCAAACUUUUGGAGGUAUCGAGUAAAACGAGAAUGAAAAAUUUGAUGUCACGGAAAAAUGGAACGAACCUCUCACCAAUCCAAGAAGAACAAUUCUGUUAUGUUAUAUUGUUGUCGAUGAUAUUGUUGAGUCCGAGUGGAACCUUCACAACGUGCUCACAACGACCAUCAUCGGGGUGUGUAUUUGUUGUGUGCGUGUCGGUCGUGUGUAUGUGUAUAAAAAACACAAUAUUGCAUUCAUCAAUCACAUUGUUUCAACAUGUUUGGGUGAAUUGUAUGCGAGAAUGAUUGCUUGAGUAAAAAGUCAAAAGAAUUACGGAUUGAGCGAUAAAUUGAGGGAAAGUAACAGAUUAAAUGGUAGUCACAGAGCACGGUUCAUUGAAUUUAGAAUAAAAUUAGAUAGUCAUGACUUGGAAACGAAACUAAAUUUGGUGAACCGUUAAUGUUACUGCUUAAUGCAUUGUAAAUUGUUAUCCUUGUUGAUUUUAGUGGAAAAAGUUCAUUUUACUUCAAGACUGGUGCUCAUUUUUAAUUUACUGUCGUAACCGAGUUCACUUAAUAGUCGAUUGGUUGAAGGGUCCUCCUUUUCCAAAAACAAAAAAAAACUCAACGUUUCAUAAUUUCUCUGAAAAUUUUUAAAGCUACCAGUUCUGAAGUACAAGAACCUCGUUUCCCAUUUCCAUUCGAAAUCACACUUUCAUAUUCUAGGAUAGAAGUAUAAAAUAAAGGGACACAGAACAUUGAACAUAAAACCAUUUCACAGGAACGGCGUGUGGGGUGUUGUGUGAUUGAAACAAGGGAGAGAGCGAGAGAAAGUGUGAGAUCAAAGCAUGUUGAAGCGAACACGUUAGCAUAAUUAGGGUAAGCGCUUAGAGUUUCUAACCGGAAAUGUAUAGAUUUCGAGGAAUGUUCGAGAGAAGCGUGGGCGGUGAACGGCGGAAAUGAAUGUGUCUGUGAGUGGGGAACAAGUUGGAAAAUCGUGGUGGCACUGCUUUCGAUGGGCAUAUGUGAUUAACUUAUAUACUAUACACUCUAGCUGAUAGGAGAAGGAAGGAUAAAAUGCUAAUAUUAACCGCUGUAUCCGGGGGUGAGUGUGACUAAAAAACAAUCUUUCUAAGAGAAAACGGUUGAAUGAACGAGAAUAAUGAAUGUGUUACUAACAAAUAAAGAAAUUAAAAAUAAAUCGAGUGUGUUCAUAGGAAAAGAAGAAAAUACAAACGAGUUGUAAAUCGCGCUAGCUAACUAACCAAGAGCAACAGUCACAUUCAAGCUCGAACAGCUACGACAAUGGAGAGAGAAUUAAUGAGUCAAACGAUGGACGAAAGAAGCAGAGUACGAAUGUGAACAGUGAAUUUAACAAGAGAGUUUAAAAAACAAAAUCACAUCAGUACCAGAGAAAAAAAUUACCGUUGUGACAUCCCCAGAUACGAGGUUACAUAAAGUCCGAGAAUGUUUGAAUAAAAAAUAACAACAAAAACAUCAUUAGCAAACCCAAAAAAAACGAAAUCGCACCUCUUUCCUUUGCAAUAUGAACCAAGCAGGGCCGCGAAGCCAUUUUUUGUUCAAUUUUUCUGUAGAAACGCUGUUUCUUUUGGUUUCCUACAGAAAAAAAGUGUACAUUCAAUAUGGGGGACGGAAAAAGGUAGUUGGAGGUGCAACAAAAACAAAAGUUGGCAACUGUUUCGAAGAAACCAGUUUAACAAACAAAAGCGAACACGAAAUUACUACAAAAUUUAAGAAGGAAACACAUCAAAUUUAGGAACAAAAAAAAACAAAAUUGAUUUGAAAUUCAAGACCGCGUGGCGCAAAGAAGAAUGGUAUGGAGGGAUACAAAAAAAAAAACAAAGAAUGUUUUUUUAAUUUAUGUUUGUAAAUUAUUAUUGAGAAAAUGAGAAAAAAAUAAUAAAAUGAA